AUGGAAGGGAGCCGUGUCAGCUUCCUGCCUUUGCCUGGAGACAUCUUCCCCGGUGACUCCACCUCAGGCUGGCUCGUCAGCGUGCGACACAAACUUGUUUACUCUUUCAUUCUCCUUCACAAACACCCCGCUACCCGAGCAGCCUACUUUUCCCAGCAGCCUCAGGACCAGGUAGUGGUGUCUGGGCAGUCCGUGACUCUACCAUGUGUCAUUGUGGGCUACCGGGGGAUGGUACAGUGGACCAAAGAUGGACUUGCUUUGGGUGGAGAGAGAGACCUACCGGGCUGGACACGCUACUCCUUAAUGGGCGACCCACUAUCAGGCGAGCACAGCUUGCUGAUCGAUUCGGCAGAGCUGGUGGAUGAUGCCGUGUACGAGUGUCAGGCGACACAGGCGGGCCUGCGCUCCCACCGUGCCAAGCUUACUGUACAAGUACCUCCAUCAGACCCCUUGGUGGAGGGAGGCCCCGUUGUGCGUCUUAAAGCCCGCACACCGCACAACCUCACCUGCAGAUCGUACGGAGCCAAGCCUGCUGCAGAGAUCACCUGGUACAGAGACGGAGAAGUCAUGGAGACAGCCAUUUACUCUAAGACACUGAUGGAAGAUGGGAAGAGGGAGGCAGCUGUCAGUAUGCUUCCAAUCAUCCCAGAGGAUAGUGACUCGGGCCGCACCUACACCUGCAGGGUUCUCAACCCAGCUGCCCCCGCUGGAAGACAGACAUCUGUCACUAUCAAUGUCCAGCACCCUCCGUCUGUGGUUUUGUCAGUCCAACCUCAGACAGUGACCGAAGGCGCCAAGGUUCUCUUUAUAUGCACUGCCUCAGCCAGUCCAGAAAUCAUUGGCUACAGGUGGUCUAAAGGAGGUGUCCCCAUCUCUGAGGCAAAUGGUGACAGCUUGGAGGUGACUGUGGACUAUUCCUACUUCACGGAUCCGGUCUCCUGUGAGGUGUCCAAUUCUGUGGGCAGCACCAAUGUUAGCACUCUGGUUGAUGUUCAGUUUGGCCCCAGAUUGCUGUCGGGGCCAAAACCCAUGACAGUCGAUAUCGGGAUGGAUGCUGCAUUCACUUGCACAUGGACUGGAAACCCUCCUCUGACGCUGGCUUGGACCAAACAAGGCUCUAGCGAGGUUCUGAGUAACAGCAACACCUUACAGCUCAAGUCUGUUACCCAGACAGAGGCUGGGACUUACACCUGCAAGGCCAUUGUUCCCCGUAUAGGAGUUGCAGAAAGAGAUGCCACUCUGACUGUAAAUGGCCCUCCUAUCAUCACAGUGGAGGCCACGCAGCAUGCAGUGAAGCACUCCAAGGGCAAGCUUGAAUGCAAAGUGGGAAGCAGCCCGCCACCUUAUAAGAUUGUAUGGUCCUUUGGUGACAUCAGUCUCUCUUCGGGUUCCUCUGGUCGCUAUUCUGUGCAGACCGUAACCAGCGACCAAGGAGUUGUGUCCUCUCUGGUGCUCUCUGAGACUCUGGCACCUGAUUUUGAGCUGCGCUACAACUGUACUGCUUGGAACAAUUUUGGUACUGGCACCGCCUUGGUCACCCUUAAGGAACAAGAGGCCCCACCUAUGUUGUUAAUUGUUGGUGGAUCAGUAGGCGGAGGCAUUGUACUGCUCAUUUGCGUCAUCACACUCGUCUCUAUCUGCUGUAGGCACACAGGCAAAGGUGAGCUCAACGGCAAAAGAUGUACCCGCCUCUCCAAGAGUGACAUCAGAGUUCAAAUUGUUCACAGUGAUCACAAUGCUACACGUGGCAAUGAUGAUGAGGAGGAUGUCAAAGAGCCAAUGGCUCCAAAUAGUAGCGAGUCUCCUGGGACAUCUCGCACAGAACACAGUGAUCUCUUGGAAGAGGAAGAGGAUGAGCGAUCGGACAUCAAGGAUCCCACCAAUGGCUACUACAAUGUACGUGGCCACGAAGACCGACACAUCCGCGGUGGAGGUUUCUCAGAGUACGUUCCCAACCCUCGGCCUGUCUACACACCAUCGCAGCUGCCCUCCCCGAGCCCCAUGUACGGCCAACACGGCACACAACCACGGGUCUACGACUUUGCCCACCGGUACGCGACCAACACCGUGACCCAAUCUGCGUACGAGCAGCAACAAGCCACCCAGCAGCAGCAGCAAACUCAGCCAGCCACCAUUUAUCCCACUGAUCCAGUCUACAGCGGCUCCGCAUACCUGCCGGCAACCUAUGGCCGUGCCUUCACCAGCUAUGUAAAGCCAGCCUCUUAUGAGAAAGUGGAUGUGUACGACCAAUCGGAUGAUGCCAGUAAGGUGUCUGGCUCGUCCCGCUUCUCUUACGCCUCAUCACAAGUGUCCUCACAACAGUCGGACUACGGCCGACAAACACAGCGUAUGCAGACGCAUGUUUGA